CCAAGGGCAGUUUCCACUCACACAGAAUGUAACGGUUGUUGAAGGCGGAACUGCAAUUUUGACCUGCAGGGUUGAUCAAAAUGAUAACACCUCCCUCCAGUGGUCAAAUCCAGCUCAACAGACUCUGUACUUUGAUGACAAGAAAGCCUUAAGAGACAAUAGAAUCGAGCUGGUUCGGGCUUCCUGGCAUGAACUGAGUAUCAGCGUCAGUGAUGUCUCUCUGUCUGAUGAAGGACAGUACACCUGUUCUUUAUUCACAAUGCCUGUCAAAACUUCCAAGGCCUAUCUCACUGUCCUGGGUGUUCCUGAGAAACCUCAAAUUAGUGGAUUUUCAUCCCCAGUUAUGGAAGGAGACUUGAUGCAGCUGACUUGUAAAACAUCUGGUAGUAAACCUGCAGCUGAUAUAAGAUGGUUCAAAAACGACAAAGAGAUUAAAGAUGUAAAAUAUUUAAAGGAAGAGGAUGCAAAUCGCAAGACGUUCACUGUCAGCAGCACACUGGAUUUCCGAGUGGACAGAAGUGAUGAUGGCGUGGCAGUCAUCUGCAGAGUAGACCAUGAAUCUCUCAAUGCCACCCCUCAGGUGGCCAUGCAGGUGCUAGAAAUACACUAUACACCAUCAGUUAAGAUUAUACCAUCCACUCCUUUUCCACAAGAAGGACAGCCUUUAAUUUUGACUUGUGAAUCCAAAGGAAAACCACUGCCAGAACCUGUUUUGUGGACAAAGGAUGGUGGAGAAUUACCAGAUCCUGACCGAAUGGUUGUGAGUGGUAGGGAGCUAAACAUUCUUUUCCUCAACAAAACGGAUAAUGGUACAUACCGAUGUGAAGCCACAAAUACAAUUGGCCAAAGCAGUGCAGAGUACGUUCUCAUUGUACAUG